AUGAUAUCUUUGCCUAAGGGGCAUAAGAUUCCAUCAGUAAGUGACUUGAAAGGAAAUGAGUAUUGUAAGUAUCAUAAUUCUUGGAACCAUGCUACUAAUGACUGUACUGUUCUACAAGGUGUAUUGCAGAGAGCAAUUGACGAAGGUAUAUUAAAAUUUCUGGAGAAAACUUCAGACACUAUGAAGGUGGAUACUAAUCCAUUCCCUACAAUCACAUCUACAAAUGUGAUAAGCUUAGCAAAGCGAGGAAAUCGGCAGGAGGUUGAGACGGUAUCAGGUGAGUUCCUUUCAUCACAUGCGACACUUGAAAAGAUGGCAGAACUGCAGAGACAAUUAAGAGAUGCUCAAUUAGCCUUGAUCGACCAUGGCUGUUGCCCAAAUUGCAAAGGAAAGCAAAAAUCAAAGGAAGAUAUGCCAGUAGAGAUUCAACCAAAGAAGAAAUGA